AUGCGAAUGUUGGGAUGUAUGACAUUCCCGGUGAAACGGCUGAUGAAGAAGGCCAGAGAAGCGAAUGAUGGUUAUUAUAUUGACGAGAACAUGACGAUGGAUGAAGUUGUAGUGAAUGAAGGUGGAUUUUUCCUGUUGAGCCCUAAGAGAGGUGAAAGGAAGAGUUUCCCCCAGAAUAAAAUCAGCAUCAAAACCUACUACAAUGACAAGACGUUUAGUGGAGAUGGCGCGUGCUGA